AUGAAGAAACUUCUGUUGAUUGAUGCUGAUUGUGGUGUUGAUGAUGCUCAAGCUAUAAUGAUGGCUCUUGCAAAUCCCAGUGUAGAAGUCCUGGGGAUUACUUGCACUUAUGGGAACAACCUGUUGGAAAAUACAUCUAGAAAUGUGCUGCGUGUGUUGCAAGUUUGUAAUAAGCUUGAGAUUCCAGUUUAUCCUGGUGCUCCUGCUCCUCUACUUGGUGGACCUGUUACAGGGGCACUGUUUCAUGGUAAAGAUGGAUUGGGUGAUGUUCCUGAUCCAAAUGCCCCAGGAACAGAACUUCUGCAGAAAGAAAAUGCUGUGACUGCAAUAUUAAGAAUAGUCAAUGAGCGACCAGGUCAGGUAUCUCUGGUUGCUCUUGGUCCACUGACGAAUAUAGCACUAGCAGUGAAAAUGGACCCAUUACUUCCCAAGAAACUUAAAAAUUUGUUCAUCAUGGGAGGAAAUACUGAAUCCAGAGGAAAUAUUAAAGUGUGUGGAGAAUUCAAUUUUGCAACUGAUCCUGAAGCUGCCUACAUUGUCUUAAAUGAGUACACCUGCCCAAUGUAUAUUGCAGCCUGGGAGUUCACCUGUGCCUGCUCGCUGCCCUGGGAAUUCUACCAUGAAUGGGUGAAUCAGAAUACCGAGAAAGCCAGGUUCAUGAAGAAAAUAUUUGCUCAUUCUUUAAAAAUGGCAAAACCUGACUUAGGCUUUGUUUCUUGCGACUCUUACGCUAUGGCUGCUGCCAUUGAUGAAAACUUUGUCACAGAAGUCACAAUAAUUGGCGUAAGUGUUGAGCUCAGUGGCUCUCUAACUAGAGGAAUGAUGGUAAUGGAUUGGUCUGACCAUCUGAAAAAGGAACACAAAGCAUUUGUAAUGAAAAACUGUGAUUUAGGGAAAUUCCAGGCACUUAUGAUGGAUGCUUUGAAAUAAAAUGGGCUUAUUUAACAUAAUAUUUAUGUUAAGUUACUGCUGCUGGGCAAACCAAGGUUUGCCUGAAACACUAUAAUAGCUACCCAUGCAGAGGUUCUAAUUAAAUUCUUUAAUUGUUCUGAAGAAUAAAAUAAUCUUUUAACAUUUUUGCCAGCAUGAAAGAUAUACAUUGAACUUCUUUUUCUCUUCCUUUGCACUACAAUUGAUUGAAUCCUGUUCACUGAGUCAUCUAUAGUCAUGAACUCUUCAAGAUGAUAAGAAUUAUGCAUCCUUAGGUAUUAUUUAUGAAGGGAUCCUUUGAGCAAACAGUAUAAAUUUAAAAAUAAAUAAAAUAAUGUCUCCAACAUGAUGUCUGUCUUCCCCCUUCUCUGACGCUCUACCAGAUGUUGAUACAGGCACAAUUUAUAUUAUGUGUUUCUUAAAAAUGUGUGCCAAAACCCCUUCAUAAAUCUAAAAAUAAUUAAUAUGGUCAAUUUUAAUGGAGAUAUAGUAUUUGGUUUUGGUUUAAAACAUUCACUUAUAAUUAAUAAUUUAUAAAAGCUUUCUUAAAAGAGCAGAUAAUAAAUAGCAGUUAAUCCCUUGAUAUGUUCACAUUAUUUCAUUUGGUACAAGUUAGAAACAAGGAUAGUGUAGAAAAUGAUGCUGCAUAUUCAUAGUGACAUUGCCACAGAUAUCUUCCUGUGGUGAGAUUAGACUAGCAAAUAGGACCGACAUUCUAAAGCAAGUUGUCCCUUCUGUUCAAGACUUGGGUAGAUGAACCCAAGUCUUGUGUGUGUGUGUGUGUGUGUGUGUGUGUGUGUGUUACUGUUCCAGUGAGCAGGAUCCUUCUGAUUCCAUAUGUAUAAUUGGAUGCCAUUUUUAGUGUACUACUUGGUAUAUAACUGCUUGUAUUAUAGUUGUCUUCUGCUUCUAGUGAGCUAAUUGAUAUUUUUAAUAACUGCCAUUGGUAUGAGAAGCAUAACUUACUUUAAAACUAAUAACUGUUAAUAAAACAAUGGCAAAAUUACUGUAUACUUUUCUUAUGCACUUUUGCAAUUAUUAUGCUGAUAUUAUAGAAAACAGUCAACAAGAGGUAAUGUAAUUAUUUGCUGUAAUUAUUUGUAGAACUAUUAUGUUAAGGUGAAUGUUGUUAUGACCUAAGGCAUAAAUUUCAAGCUAAUCAAGGUAUACCAACAGAAAAUGUGAAAGAUCCCAUUUGCUCAAAGAACUCCUUUGUUUGAAAUAAUUGCUCUUUCCCUACGCAAUAUGAUUUGUGCUCAUUUAGCAGAAUAUGCCAAAUCUAUCACUUACUAAAAUCCUUUCCAGUCCCACUAUAUCCAAGAAACUGUGGUGGCGCCAGGUCCCAUAGAUCCCUAUCAGGACACUGCCCUUCUGGUGGGGAGGGCCUGGAUGCAUUCCUCACUUUGUAACCCUUUUCCUGUUGCAUGCCUAUCCUGUACUUCGAUUUACCAUCCUGGGAAUGCAAAGGGGAAGGGAAUGGCUAGAGGGCCCUCUGUUUUACCUCAGCACUGGAGCCUCCAGCAAGCAAUGUGUGAGAACAACUUCUUAUCACCUUCUCAGCCUGAGGUUCUCAACACAACUUUGCACCUGUGGAUUGGCUUGCCCUGUACUGGACUGAGAGAGUGUGUGUGACUCUCUCUUUUAAUCUAACAGAAAUGUCUGGGAAUCCUCAGAUCCUGCCUUCUCUUUAUUGCUAUCACUUUGUCCCAAUAAAAGUU